UAAUGCGGUUUCCGACUUUCCUCAAAUCGCUGCUGCUCGGUGUCCCGGUCGGUGUGACCCUGCUCGAUUGCGUCGGCUAUGUGGCACGGGUCGAAGGUGUGUCGAUGCAACCGGUCCUCAAUCCGGACGCGAGCGUUACCGAUUAUGUGUUCCUUUCGCGCUGGGCCGUUCGAAAUAUGGACGUGCAGCGGGGCGACAUCAUUUCGCUCAUCUCGCCGAAAGACCCGAGCCAGAAGAUUAUCAAACGCGUCGUCGCUCUGCAGGGGGAUGUGAUCUCCACCUUGGGCUAUAAGCUGCCAUACGUUACGGUCCCGGAAGGGCAUUGCUGGGUUGAAGGGGAUCAUACAGGUAAUUCACUAGAUAGCAACACAUUCGGUCCUGUUUCGUUGGGACUGGUGACUGCUCGCGCGACACAGAUUGUUUGGCCACCAUCUCGCUGGCAACAAUUACCCUCAACCGUACCGAAAACGAGAGUUCCGAUCGCAAUGGGGAAAAAGUCUAACCCUGGGAGCACAAAAGCCGUAAACACUGUUAGUAAUAGUAAUAGUAGCAGCAGCAGCAACAGCAACAAUAGCUCCUCUUCACCUUUGGUUCAACCCAUAGAAGAUGUGCAUCGACUGAAUUGAUAGAGAAAAGUGUCUGCAGUUUUGUCUUGUAUAGAACAAAGUCUUUAUCCUAG